AUAUGACAGGCUGAGGAGCUGAGGAGCACAUCAAGAAGUGUAACACAUCUUACCUAUGGCAACACAUCCAAUGAGAAUGGCUAAUACAACCAUGGUGUUAAUUCCCUCACAUUAUGCCAACAUAAACCAGGCAGACCAGGGGAUCCCUAGUACUGUUAUCCAACAAUCAGGGAUGGUACAAUAUGAAGGUCACCAGCUUGGAGGACCCAGCAACCAAUCUCAGCAGGACCCUCAGAUGGGAGCCAUGGAGAAAUUUCAUUGUGUAGAAACCAAGACUCUAGGGGCUGUCCAGAUCUUAAUUGGAUUGAUCCACAUUGGCUUUGGGGCUGUUGCCAUUUGUCUUUUUCAUCUCGGCUACCACCCUAUUGCUGCUACUGGAGGUUAUCCAUUCUGGGGUGGACUAUUUUUCAUUACUUCUGGAUCCCUGUCUGUGUCAACAGAGAAAUACCCAAAUGCCAGCAUGGUGAAAUGCUGUGUGGGAAUGAACAUCACAAGUGCUAUAAUUGCAUUAAUUGGCAUCAUUCUAUGUUUAACGGAACUGGUUAUAAAUAAACUUAAUCCGGCUUUUGGGGAAGAGAAUUUGCACCAUGUUACCAGCAGAAUAGGUACUGGUCUCUGUGUCCUGUUCUUCUUGUUCACCAUGCUGGAAUUCUGCAUCACUGUUUUGACAGCACAUUUUGGAUGCCGGGCAACCUGCUGUAACAAUGGGGUGACCAUGACUUUCAUGCAAUACACUGUCGUCAGAGGUGGUGCGAGUGCAACUGAAGGCAAUUCUGCUCCUCCAUCUGAUUACGCUGCACUUUCUCCCAGACAAGAGAUGUCUGGCUGCUGGGGUGGGCUGCAGAAUGCUUCCAGGCAUAAUCGCCAUUUCCUGGCUACAUCCAGCACUACUUUCAUUUUCUGUUUCUUCGUGAGGUUGAAGGCUGAGAAUCAGCUCAGGAGUGUAAUAUACCCCAAAACGACUCCAAGUGCGACGCUAAGUUACGAGUUUGCUUGCUUGCUUGUUUGUUGUGCAGACAGCUUAGGGAUGGCAACAGAUCCGGUGAAAAUGCCUAAUGGAAUUGUGGUGUUUAUUCCCUCGAAUCAUGCCAGCCUAAUCCAACCAGGCCAGGAUGUUGCUGGUGCUGUUAUGCAAUGUGUACAAUAUGGAAACCUCAGCAAUCCACCUCAGCAGACCUCUCGGAACAGGGCACUGGCAAAGUGCCUCAAAGUAGAGGCCAAGACUCUGGGGGCCAUCCAGAUCAUAAUUGGAUUGAUACACAUUGGUUUUGGGGCUGUCCCAGGCAUUCUUCUUGCACUGGAGUAUAUGCCUGUCGCCACUGUUAGAGGUUAUCCAUUCUGGGGUGGAAUAUUUUUCAUUGUUUCUGGGUCUGUGACUGUGGCAGCUGAGAAACAUGUGAAUGGCUGCUUGAUGAAAUGCAGCGUGGGACUGAACAUCACAAGUGCUAUAAUGGCAUUGUCUGGCAUCAUUCUAUACAUAGUAGAACUGGUUUUAAAUCGUAGAGGUGGAUUUAGUGUUUAUUCUCCACAUGAAGCUUCUAAAUUGAGAUAUUUUGAGGCACAGUCUACAGGUGUUGCUCUGGCUGUGCUCCUCCUCUUGUUCAGCUUGAUGGAAUUCUGCAUCACCGUUAUGAUAGCUCAUUUUGGGUGCCAGGCAAACUGCUGUACCAAUGACACAGCCAUAGCUUAUCUGCCUUGCGCUGUCACUGGGGAGAGUGUGGCUCUCACUGAAAACAAUCCUGCUCCUUCAGCCUACAAUCCUGCUCCUUCAGCCUACAAUCCUGCUCCUUCAGCCUACAAUCCAGCCUACAGUAAUGUGGUGGUUUCUCCCCAGUCAGAGAUUUAAUUAAGAACAAAAAAGAAAAUAUGGGAGAUAUAACACCAGCUAUCUCAGCAAUCCUGCAAUCUCAUACAAGAUAGUACUGAUUUCUUUCAGAUUUGCAAAUAUAUCCAACCUUCAAUGCUAUGUGCUUGCGCUGCAACUUUAAGUAAUAAAUUAGAUAAAUCAGUUUUAGAAGUGAUUAAGAUGGGGUGGAAGCAUUUUCCACAAAUGUAUUUAGGACUGAACCCAAGCCUUCCAGAAUCCAGACUGACUGCGUUUUCUGUAACUCUCCCUUUUCCCAUUCCCGCACUUCUCAAACACGGGGCUGCAGAAGAGUAAGAACAUAAGAGCCUGCUGGAUCAGGCCAGUGGCCCAUCUAGUCCAGCAUCCUGUUCUCACAGUGGCCAACCAGGUGCCUGGGGGAAGCCCGCAAGCAGGACCCGAGUGCAAGAACACUCUCCCCUCCUGAGGCUUCCGGCAACUGGUUUUCAGAAGCAUGCUGCCUCUGACUAGGGUGGCACAGCACAGCCAUCACGGCUAGUAGCCAUUGAUAGCCCUGUCCUCCAUGAAUUUGUCUAAUCUUUUAAAGCCGUCCAAGCUGGUGGCCAUUACUGCAUCUUGUGGGAGCAAAUUCCAUAGUUUAACUAUGCGCUGAGUAAAGAAGUACUUCCUUUUGUCUGUCCUGAAUCCUCCAACAUUCAGCUUCUUUGAAUGUCCACGAGUUCUAGUAUUAUGAGAGAGGGAGAAGAACUUUUCUCUAUCCACUUUCUCAAUGCCAUGCAUAAUUUUAUACACUUCUAUCAUGUCUCCUCUGACCCGCCUUUUCUCUAAACUAAAAAGCCCCAAAUGCUGCAACCUUUCCUCGUAAGGGAGUCGCUCCAUCCCCUUGAUCAUUCUGGUUGCCCUCUUCUGAACCUUUUCCAACUCUAGAAUAUCCUUUUUGAGAUGAGGCGACCAGAACUGUACACAGUAUUCCAAAUGCGGCCGCACCAUAGAUU